AUGCCAACGCCGAAACACAGGCCGUCCGCCGCUCACCCUCCGCCGUCCGCGGUGGCGCCGGACCAAUCUCCGGCCAGGACGCCGACGCCGGUCUCCCUCCAAAAGCCGAGUCCCAAAAAACCCGUCUCAGGGCCCACAAAACUUUUCCGGCGGGUCAAGUCCGUGUUCCGAUCGUUUCCAGUGAUCACAACCCCGUGCCGGAUGCCGAGCCCCGCCGUCGGCGGCGGCGGCGUUCAGAUCCACGGCGGCGGCAGCAAACAGGUGACGGGAACCCUCUUCGGGCACCGGAAGUCCCGGGUGAACCUGGCGAUCCAGGACCACCCGAGGUGCCUGCCCCUGGUGGUCCUGGAGCUCUCGAUCCAAACGGGGAAGCUGCUCCAGGACAUGGGGGCCGGCCUUGUACGGAUCGCCCUGGAAUGCGAGAAGAAUCCUCGGCCGUCCGAUCAUCAGAGAGUCAAACUGAUGGACGAACCGAUUUGGUCCAUGUACUGCAACGGGAGGAAGGCCGGGUACGCCGUGCGCCGGGAGGCCACCGACGACGAUCUAAAUGUGAUGCAGCUGCUGCACGCGGCGUCGAUGGGCGCCGGCGUCCUGCCGGAGACGGCGGCCGGCGGCGGCGCCGGCGGGGAGGAGGAGGGGGAGAUGACGUACAUGAGGGCCAAUUUCGAAAGAGUUGUGGGAUCGAAGGACUCGGAGACUUAUUACAUGGUCAGCCCCGACGGGAACACUGGACCUGAACUCAGUGUUUUUUUUGUUAGGGUUUAA